UAGAAGGAUGAGUCUAAAAAUCGAACAACCAUGGUGACUCAUAGUAUCGCCGGAAUACAAAAAGUACCUGGAGGAUAAUAUUGUAAAAUGGAACCCAAAAGUGAAAUAAUACUCGAAAAAUGCAUGGUUACGUUUAUGAAACGUAUCACGUCUAGUGAUACGAAGUGCUUUUGCCAAACUGUGUGAAAUUUCUUCUCCAAAAUGCAUCAUCAAUGUGUGUGGCUGUUGUCUGGUGUGGGGAUAAUUUUCUAUGUGGCAAUGGGUGCUUUAGCUUCUAUGGUAUCUCUAGUGCCUCCAAAACUGAUGCCCCUUACUAGAAGUGCUCAGUUGCGAAAAGGAGAGAGGUAUCACGUGACAUGCAGUACGAGCGAUGGAUCUCCACCUCUUACCUUUACCUGGUCGAAGGAUGGAGUAAACAUCGAAGCAAGGGAGGAUCCUCCAAGUCCAACAGAAAUCGGAAUUAAAAAACUGAAUGAGUACUCAACGUCAUUGAUGGUGGAGGAUGUGCAAGAACAACACACAGGAAAUUACAGCUGCACCGUUGCUAAUGCUGCAGGUCGCGACACUGGAACUACAAGCCUAGAAGUCCUCUUUCCACCAAACUGGGUGAGACCUCCAAGUGAUGUAUCAGUUGUGGCUGGGAGCAAGAUCAACCUGUAUUGUGAAGCAAAAGGUUCCCCAAAGCCUACUAUCACCUGGAGGAAAAACACAGACUUUUCCGCCUUGAAUUUCGAUGUCAUUCAUUCAGAUGGCAGACUGCGUAUAGCUGAUGACGGUCAAAGUAUCAAAAUUCCAGAGGCAAAAAAAGAGGAUGAAGGAUUUUAUGAAUGCCAUGUGAGUAAUGGGAUCGGAGAUCAGUUACGAAAAUCCAUAAGGGUAGAAGUCCAAGUUCCUCCAAAAGUGGCACCAGGUCCGAGUUCUGUCGUCGUCGAGAAGAAUAAAGAUGUAGACAUCCAAUGCAAUAUGACUGGCGAUUCUCCUUUGAACAUCAUGUGGGAAAAGAAUGGACGUCCUCUGGAAGAACGAAAGCCUCGAAUACAAAUUCAAGAAUUUCCGACGGAGAGGGGCGUGACCACUUCCUUGCUCUUGACUCACGUGGAUAGAGGUACCAGUGGACUCUACGUCUGCAAGGCUCGAAACAGCUAUGGAGAGAGCUAUCGCAUUAUCAAUGUCGAUGUCGUCGAGAUUCCUGGUCAGCCUAAAGAUCUAACAGUGACUCAAAUAUGGACUCGUAGCGUUCAGCUAACUUGGACCUCUCCAUACCAUGGCAAUAGGCCCAUAACAGCAUAUAUUGUGCAUUUUUGGAAAACAGAAGGUAAAUCUGAGCCGCCACCAGACAAACCCGAAGUGCUUCGAAUUCCAUCCCUUCAGACUGUGGUUGUCGUUCCAAAGCUUCUUCCCAACAGCUUUUACAGCUUGUUGGUGAUGGCUGAGAACGAAGUUGGUAUUGGGCCAGCUUCGCAUCCUGUUACUGCCACGACAAGAGAAGAAGAACCUGACUGGGCCCCUUCUGAAGUGACUGUGAUUGAUAAACACGCAACGUCAGCGAAGUUGAAAUGGAAAUGCCCUCACCGAAAUGAAUGGAGCGUAUUUUUAAAAGGUUACUAUGUUGGUUACAAAAAGAUGAGUUUAAAAACCGUCUAUACGUAUAGAACACUGAAUGCAGAAACUUGCAAAAAUCAUCAAGAAUUCGUGCUUCAAGGCCUUCAGAGAGCUUCCAGUUACUUGGUGAUCGUGAAAGCUUACAAUCACGUGGGCGUUGGCCCUCCUUCUGAGCAGGUUGUGGUCCAUACCGCCGAUGGAGGUCCUCCAAGAACUCCGCAUAUGAAGAUCCUUCAGAAGGGUGCUGUAAUGUGUCAUUUGAAAAUAUGGCCUAGAGAGAAUAGUAGGAGCUUGCCUACCCAAUUUGCUCUUCAUGUCCGGGAGAAAAAUGGUGACAAACAUAAAAUAUUUGUCUCGGUACUUCCAUCCAUGAACUAUUCCAUAGGCGGCCUCAUCCCUGGUCGUCAGUAUGAGAUUUCUGUCACUGCCAUCAACCGAUUCGGUGAAAGUGCCGCAUCAGGUACAAUAGAAUUUAUCACCGACCAAACAGAUCCGUCAUUACUGGAUCCGUCUGCAGAACCUGUAUACGAAAAAGUCUAUUUUGUGCUACCAAUCGUAUUAUCUGCCAUUGCUAUUAUCAUCAUGCCCAUCGUUGCCUGCUACUGCCACAGUAAACUCAAUCCGAGGCCAAUUCAAACAGAACUGAUUGAGGAUAGAGAUUUCUUGUACGCUGCAGCUACGCUUCAGCGUCUAAGCACUCUUCGUAGAGCCUCCGCUACUAUGUCCAGACCUGUACCUGCGCGAACCUCUUCGCUUCCCAGACCAGCAAGAUCUUCCAGAGCAACUACCACAACACUACCGAAACCUGAACCUCAACCCGUUCCAGAGCCGGAACCAUCUCCGGCCUUACCUACUUCCUAUUCAACACUCCAAAACUAUGGGACAGCUAUUGCUGAAAAUGAGCCUUCUACGCCUCCUGUCAAUAAGGCAACUAUCAGUGUGCCUGAUGACAACAGAUACGAUUCAGUGGUGGAAGAAAUGAGAACAUUCAUUAAAGACAAAGGCUCUACUAAGCCAAAGAAACUUGAAGCAGAAGCUGUUGUUGAAGACGAUUCUUCGGAUGAUUCCUGACAUCAGAUUACAUUGGAUAUUUAAUUGCGGAUAUCCAAUGUAAGUGAAUAGAAAAGAUUCGUUACCAAGAACGAGUUAUGGAAAAAAUAACUAUGCAUUAUUCUAAUUACAGUACGGUUAAUCAACUUCUUGUGAAUCGGUUUUUUUAUCGUAAAAAGCCAAACUAGAACGCUGAAUUCGAACAGGGAAUUCUAACCAUUGAAAUUAUAUGUGCUAUGUGUGCUGUGCCUCCAUCUCCAGGUCCUACUUAUAUAAUGGAAAAUAUUAACGAAUUUUAUGCCCGUUUAAUAUUUAUCCUGAUUAUUGUGCUCUCGAAUGCAAUGAAUUAAAAAUUUCUAUACGAAAAGCUUCAGCAUGCUUCUGUGACGUAUUAAAGUAUUUAACUGUAAUGUAUCUGUGACGGUGCUGAUUCAUCUCUUACGAAUUACAUGUGCGCUGUUUAAAAUAAAGUUUUGUAGGGAAAAUAAGAUAAUACAUUGAAUAGCAUUGAAAUAAUCAAACUGAAAUUGAGGAGACUACAUGCCUCAAGUGUGAAUGUCAAGUAUGAAGACUAUUUAUAUAUUUAAAAAGUUUUUUUCUUGGUUAUCAUAAACUGUUGCAAAACUUUUAUAGAGCAUUUAUUUACAGUGCUUUUACGUAAAUGUUAUCAUCAAAUGCAUUUGCAUUGUAUAGAUAUAAAAUAUCUUAACCCAUAAAUAAAAACCUGAAGUUUCGUAAUUAAUAAUGACUCCUUAAUAAAAGCCUGAAGUUUCGUAAUUUAAUUGGACUCGAAUUUAGUGUAUUAAAGCGAUCAAUAAUUAAAUGCUUGUUAUCUCAUCUGAAUUUUCCACCAGUACGAGUGUUCCUAGUAACAAACAAUUUCCAACCAUUAAAAUUUUCAAAGUUUUUAGUCCAAAGGGAUUUGAAUCCCGAAGAACUAUUAGUUUCGUUUUGGCAUUUUGCGUCGGACGGAUAAAUGUCGGUUCACUUUUCAAACUGUUGCCAU